AUGGCGCAGUCAUUGCUGGUACCACCAGGACCGGAGAGCUUCCGCUAUUUUACUAGAGAUUCUCUCGCAGCUAUUGAAAAGCGUUCUGCAGAAGAAAAAGCUAAAAAGCCCAAGCAAGAACACACAGAUGAUGAUGAUGAAAAUGGUCCAAAACCAAACAGUGACUUGGAGGCAGGAAAGACACUACCAUUUAUUUAUGGUGACAUACCUCCAGGAAUGGUAUCUGAACCUUUGGAAGACCUGGACCCAUAUUAUAUCAAUAAAAAAACUUUCAUAGUAUUGAAUAAAGGAAAGGCAAUUUUCCGAUUCAGUGCCACAUCUGCCUUGUAUAUUUUAACUCCUUUUAAUCCCAUCAGAAAAAUUGCUAUCAAGAUUUUGGUACAUUCAUUAUUCAGCAUGCUUAUUAUGUGCACUAUUUUGACCAACUGUGUAUUUAUGACCAUGAGUAAUCCUCCGGACUGGACAAAGAAUGUAGAGUACACUUUCACUGGAAUUUAUACAUUUGAGUCACUUAUCAAAAUUCUUGCAAGGGGCUUCUGCUUAGAAGGUUUUACUUUUCUGCGAGACCCAUGGAACUGGCUUGACUUCAGUGUCAUUUUAAUGGCAUAUGUGACAGAGUUUGUGGACCUGGGCAAUGUCUCAGCGUUGAGAACAUUCAGAGUUCUCCGAGCUUUGAAAACAAUAUCAGUCAUUCCAGGCCUGAAGACUAUUGUAGGAGCCCUAAUUCAGUCUGUGAAGAAGCUCUCGGAUGUAAUGAUCCUGACUGUGUUCUGUCUGAGUGUAUUUGCACUAAUAGGGCUGCAGCUGUUCAUGGGCAACUUGAGGAAUAAAUGCCUGCAGUGGCCUCCAGACAAUUCUACUUUUGAAUUAAAUGUUAUUUCCUACUUCAAUAGCACAAUGGAUGAAAAUGGCACAUUUGUUAAUAUGACAGUGAGCACUUUUAACUGGAAGGAUUACAUUGAGGAUGAAACUCAUUUUUACAUUUUGGAAGGACAAAGAGAUCCUCUACUUUGUGGUAAUAGCUCUGAUGCAGGGCAGUGUCCAGAGGGAUAUAUAUGUGUGAAAGCUGGUAGAAACCCCAACUAUGGUUACACAAGUUUUGACACCUUCAGCUGGGCUUUUUUGUCACUCUUUCGGCUUAUGACUCAGGACUUCUGGGAAAACCUGUAUCAGCUGACACUGCGUGCUGCUGGAAAAACAUACAUGAUAUUUUUUGUUCUGGUGAUUUUUCUGGGCUCUUUCUACUUGAUUAAUUUGAUCCUGGCUGUGGUUGCCAUGGCCUAUGAAGAACAGAAUCAAGCAACCAUGGAAGAAGCAGAGCAGAAAGAGGCAGAAUUUCAACAGAUGCUGGAACAACUGAAGAAGCAGCAAGAAGAAGCUCAGGCUACAGCAGCAAUAGCAGCAGCAUCAGUUGCCUCAAGAGAUUUCAGCGGUGUAGGUGGAUUAGGAGAGCUCUUGGAAAGUUCUUCAGAAGCAUCAAAGUUGAGCUCAAAGAGUGCUAAAGAAAGAAGAAACAGAAGAAGGAAAAGAAGACAGAAAGAAAUGUCUGAAGCAGAGAACAAAGAAGAUUUUGAUAAGUUCCCCAAGUCCGAGUCAGAAGACAGUAUCCGAAGGAAAAGUUUCCGCUUCUCCACAGAAGGAAGUCAACUGACACAUGAAAAAAGGUUCACAUCUCCCCACCAGUCUUUGCUAAGCAUUCGUGGUUCCCUGUUCUCACCAAGGCGCAACAGCAAAACAAGCAUUUUCAGCUUCAGAGGUCGUGCAAAAGAUAUAGGAUCCGAAAAUGACUUUGCAGAUGAUGAGCACAGCACUCUUGAAGACAAUGAGAGCAGAAGAGAUUCUCUCUUUGUUCCCAAUCGACAUGGAGAACGGCGCAACAGUAACGUUAGUCAGGCAAGUGUGUCAUCUAGAAUGGUACCAGCCCUUCCAGUAAAUGGGAAGAUGCACAGCACUGUGGAUUGCAAUGGAGUAGUUUCCUUGGUUGGAGGACCUUCAGCUCUAACUUCACCUACUGGUCAGCUUAUACCAGAGGUAAUUAUAAGCAAACCAGUAAUUAUUACAGGCACCACUACAGAAACAGAAAUAAGAAAAAGAAGAUUGAGUUCUUAUCAAAUUUCCAUGGAAAUGCUGGAAGAUUCUGCUGCAAGGCAAAGAGCAAUGAGUAUAGCCAGCAUACUUACAAAUACAAUGGAAGAGCUUGAAGAAUCCAGACAGAAAUGCCCACCAUGCUGGUACAGAUUUGCAAAUACUUUCUUGAUCUGGGAUUGCUGGAGUCCAUGGUUGAAAGUAAAACACAUCGUCAAUUUAGUUGUGAUGGAUCCAUUUGUUGAUCUUGCUAUAACCAUUUGUAUUGUUUUAAACACAUUGUUUAUGGCCAUGGAGCAUUAUCCCAUGACAGAACAGUUUAGCAGUGUCCUUUCUGUGGGGAACCUGGUAUUCACGGGGAUAUUCACAGCAGAAAUGGUACUAAAGAUAAUUGCCAUGGACCCUUACUAUUAUUUCCAAGAAGGCUGGAAUAUUUUUGAUGGUAUUAUUGUUAGUCUUAGUCUCAUGGAGCUUGGUCUUGCAAAUGUUGAAGGAUUAUCUGUUCUUCGGUCAUUCAGAUUGCUUCGAGUUUUCAAACUGGCAAAAUCUUGGCCAACACUAAAUAUGCUGAUUAAGAUUAUUGGCAACUCAGUGGGGGCUUUGGGCAAUCUGACCCUGGUUCUGGCCAUCAUUGUGUUCAUUUUUGCUGUGGUUGGGAUGCAGCUGUUUGGAAAAAGCUACAAGGAAUGUGUCUGCAAGAUCUCCAGUGACUGUGUGCUGCCACGCUGGCACAUGCAUGACUUUUUCCACUCUUUCCUGAUUGUAUUCCGAGUGCUGUGUGGAGAAUGGAUAGAAACGAUGUGGGACUGCAUGGAGGUUGCAGGCCAAACCAUGUGCCUUAUUGUUUUCAUGCUGGUCAUGGUGAUUGGAAACCUAGUGGUACUGAACCUGUUUCUGGCCUUGCUGCUGAGCUCAUUUAGUUCAGACAACCUUGCUGCUACAGAUGAUGAUAAUGAAAUGAACAAUCUACAGAUUGCUGUGGCAAGGAUUCAGAAGGGAAUAGAUUAUGUUAAAAGAAAGAUACAGGAGUUCAUUCAAAAAGCCUUUGUUAGAAAGCAGAAAGCUUUAGAGGAAAUCAAAGCACUUGAAGAGCUAAACAAGAAAGACAGCUGCAUUUCCAAUCAUACUGCUGUUGAAGUAAGCAAAGAUCUAAAUCAUCUAAAAGACGGGAAUGGAACCACCAGUGGCGUAGGCACAGGCAGCAGUGUGGAAAAAUACAUAACUGAUGAAAAUGAUUACAUGUCAUUCAUAAACAACCCAGGCCUCACUGUGACAGUGCCAAUUGCAGUUGGAGAAUCAGAUUUUGAAAAUUUAAAUACAGAAGAAUUUAGCAGUGAAUCUGAUAUGGAAGAGAGCAAACAGAAAUUAAAUGCAUCCAGUUCAUCAGAAGGCAGCACGGUUGAUAUUGCUCCUCCUGGAGAGGGAGAGCAAGCAGAAAUUGAAAGUGAAGAAGCUCUUGAACCGGAAGCCUGUUUUACGGAAGGUUGUGUUCAGAAAUUUCCAUGUUGUCAAGUAAGUAUAGAGGAUGGCAAAGGAAAAAUUUGGUGGAAUCUAAGAAAAACCUGCUACAGCAUAGUUGAGCACAACUGGUUUGAGACUUUCAUUGUCUUCAUGAUUCUUCUCAGCAGCGGAGCACUAGCUUUUGAAGAUAUAUAUAUUGAACAGCGCAAAACUAUCAAGACUAUGUUGGAAUAUGCUGACAAAGUUUUUACAUAUAUUUUCAUUUUGGAAAUGCUUUUAAAAUGGGUAGCAUAUGGUUUUCAAAUGUAUUUUACUAAUGCUUGGUGCUGGCUGGACUUCCUGAUUGUUGAUGUCUCAUUGGUUAGUUUAGUAGCCAAUGCUUUGGGCUAUUCUGAACUUGGUGCCAUUAAAUCGCUUCGGACAUUAAGAGCUUUAAGACCUUUAAGAGCCUUGUCACGAUUUGAAGGAAUGAGGGUGGUUGUAAAUGCCCUUAUAGGAGCAAUUCCAUCUAUCAUGAAUGUAUUGCUGGUUUGUCUUAUAUUCUGGCUCAUCUUCAGCAUUAUGGGAGUAAAUCUGUUCGCUGGCAAAUACUAUCACUGUGUCAACACCACAACUGGUGAGAUGUUUGAUGUCCGUGAUGUCAACAACUAUACUCAGUGUGAGGAACUUAUAAAAAACAAUCAGAGUGCCCGAUGGAAAAAUGUGAAAGUAAACUUUGAUAAUGUAGGAGCUGGAUAUCUUGCUCUGCUUCAAGUAGCUACUUUCAAAGGAUGGAUGGAUAUUAUGUAUGCAGCUGUUGAUUCACGAGAUGUUGAAGAUCAACCCAAGUAUGAGGACAACUUGUACAUGUAUCUUUAUUUUGUCAUCUUUAUCAUAUUUGGAUCAUUCUUUACCUUGAACCUUUUUAUUGGUGUCAUUAUAGACAACUUCAACCAACAAAAAAAGAAGUUUGGAGGUCAGGAUAUAUUUAUGACGGAAGAACAGAAGAAAUACUACAAUGCAAUGAAAAAACUGGGAUCUAAAAAGCCACAGAAACCUAUACCAAGGCCAGUGAACAAAUUCCAAGGCAUGGUCUUCGAUUUUGUAACCAAACAAGUAUUUGACAUCAGCAUCAUGAUACUUAUCUGCCUUAACAUGGUCACGAUGAUGGUAGAAACAGAUGACCAGAGUAAAGAAAUGGAAACAAUUUUAUCCCGGAUAAACCUUGUAUUCAUUAUCCUUUUUACUGGAGAAUUUGUCCUGAAAUUGAUUUCACUUCGUCAUUACUACUUCACUGUAGGCUGGAAUAUUUUUGAUUUUGUGGUUGUUAUUCUCUCCAUAGUGGGUAUGUUCUUAGCCGAGAUGAUUGAGAAGUAUUUUGUAUCCCCCACACUAUUCAGAGUCAUCCGACUUGCCAGAAUCGGUCGAAUCCUGCGUCUCAUUAAAGGCGCUAAGGGAAUCCGCACUCUGCUUUUUGCUUUGAUGAUGUCUCUUCCUGCUUUGUUCAACAUUGGUCUCCUGCUCUUCCUGGUCAUGUUUAUUUAUGCGAUAUUUGGCAUGUCCAACUUUGCCUAUGUUAAGAGGGAAGUUGGAAUUGAUGACAUGUUCAACUUUGAAACAUUUGGCAACAGCAUGCUCUGCCUGUUCCAAAUUACCACAUCUGCUGGCUGGGAUGGUUUGCUUGCCCCAAUUCUUAACAGUGGGGAGCCAGACUGUGACCCCCAUAAAGAUCAUCCAGGUAGCUCUGUGAAAGGCGACUGUGGGAACCCUUCUGUUGGGAUUUUCUUCUUUGUCAGCUACAUCAUCAUCUCAUUUCUGGUAGUGGUGAACAUGUACAUUGCUGUGAUUUUGGAGAAUUUCAGUGUUGCUACUGAAGAAAGCGCUGAGCCCUUGAGCGAGGAUGACUUUGAGAUGUUCUAUGAAGUCUGGGAGAAGUUUGAUCCCGAUGCAACACAAUUCAUAGAAUACAGUAAACUAUCAGACUUUGCAUCUUCAUUAGAUCCUCCUCUUCUUAUAGCAAAACCAAACAAAGUCCAGCUUAUUGCAAUGGAUCUGCCCAUGGUAAGCGGGGACAGAAUUCACUGCCUUGACAUUUUGUUUGCUUUCACAAAGCGUGUUUUGGGGGAAAGUGGGGAGAUGGACGCCCUCAGAAUACAGAUGGAAGAUCGCUUCAUGGCAGCCAAUCCUUCAAAAGUGUCCUACGAACCAAUUACAACCACACUGAAAAGGAAACAGGAGGAGGUAUCUGCUGUCAUCAUUCAGCGUGCUUACAGGUGUUACCUUUUAAAGCAAAAAGUUAAAAAGGUGUCCAGUAUAUAUAACAAAAAUAAAAACAAAGAAGGAGAUGGACCAGUUAUAAAAGAGAUAAUUAUUGAUAAACUAAAUGGGAAUUCCACUCCAGAAAAAACGGAUGAGAGUUCCUCUACAACUUCCCCACCUUCUUAUGACAGUGUAACAAAGCCAGAUAAAGAAAAAUAUGAAAAAGAUAAAUCGGAAAAGAAUUACAAAGGUAAAUAUGUCAGGGAAAAUAAAAAAUAA